UUAGCCAACUUUUCCUAAUUUUUCGCGUCCCAAUGAUUAAACAACCUGUACUGGCAGAGCUGCAAUACUUUGUGAGCAGUGUUUCACUGCUAUACAAAGGAAUUCCGCUGAAAGAUCCGACUGCCCUUGUUAAGUGUAGCUUGCACCUCUUAGAGGAUCUUCCAUCGACGCGGGAUGCUGUGUUCGAGUAUUUUUCCUUGGUAUUCAAUGGAGCGGUGAAGGCAUAUCUUAUCAAUGUGGAGAAAAACAACGCAGACGGAUCACAGGAGGAUGACGCGGUGCAAGAGAUUCAUGAAGCACUAGAGCGGUUGGUCACGACAGGACCACCGGCAUGGUCGCCACUCAUAUCCUCUUGGUGUCUACGGCUGUUGGGGGAAAUAUGCGACAAAAACAGUCGCCGUCGUCCGCUGGAUAUUCGCAUGUCGUGCAAUCUGUGGCUUGGUUGUAAUGCUAUUCGCUGUCUGAUAGGCCUGACUGCGCUAUGUUUUAGCAAGUUAGACGACAAAGAGGUGGAUGCGUGCAUCAGCGGACUUCUGAACACGUUCGCCCAAUAUUCACCGUACUUUGACUGGGUGGUGGCACGUUUGGGCGGAUGUUUUCCUUCCCGCGUAAUCUCCAAGAUGCUGUUCUGCGGACUGAAACGAUUCACCGGCGAGUACGAUCAGGUCGAUUCCGAGGUAGAAGUACUCAGCUAUCUGGCAGCGACCAACGAAAAUGACUUGCGUACCGCUCUCAAGGAAAUUAUCGAGCGGGAAACUAACAAUAAACUAACUGUGCCGUAUUUACUGCACCUUUCAAAGAACUCCGAAGUGCUAGCUCAGGCGCUAGUAAUGGUAUUUUUGGAAAAUUAUACCGAUAACCACUUGCACUUAAUCAAAGUUCAAUCGAAAUUCUGGCCCGCUAACUAUAGCACCGUGAACGUAAUCCACAUCGUUACCAACCUACUGCUGAAAGUAAAAAAAUCCUCGAUCCAAGUAUUGCUAACAUUACCUCGAAUUGCGGAGAAAUACCCCUGGUGUCAGGAGCUAUUGGAGAUGCUGUUCGUUGAGCUGGAGUCGCUCGUGCUGGAGAAACGCUCUUGUCCGCUGCUGGAGGACGCUGUGAAAGAUACCUCAAAAGAAUUAUUGUGGCGUACCUGUCUUAGUGAAUGUCCGCUAGCGCAGCAAAGUGCCGUUCGAUUGAUACUGCUUGCCAGCCUUAAAUCGUCCUACUUCCUGCAGCAAUCUAUCGCACAGAUGCUAGCGGCGUCUUCCGGUAGUGUGUCAGCAUCCGCCAGUAAGCCCCACCUCAAUGCGCUGGCUCGUCUGCUUGGUGGUCCACACGGUUCGGCCGAAUUGCCUAAGAUGAAGCCCGGAUUUGAGAUUGCGGUGGAUCGAAUACUGCUCCAUCCAACCGGUCGAAACCAGAACAACUACAACACUCUACGCAAUUUGGUCGAAAUUGUUAAGCUCGAGCGAGAUUCGUUUAAUGUACACCUGAAGAAGACGAACUGCGUUGCGGUUCUUCAGGACUUGUUGGGCAAAUUGCUCUCCAUCUGGGAGAUACUGAUGGGACAGGAGAAGAAUGCUCUAAUUCCGCCACAAAACCAAGACUCACUGCAAGGGGAAACUAUGGUUAAGACCGAGUCGAAACGUUUCAAAGGGAAAGGUGGUGGGACGGAAUCGCAAGAUACCGGAGAGUUCUCGGAUCGUGAUAAUCGCUGUACUUCCACGCCCACUGUGUUCGCUCAGAUUCAUAUGCUAGCCAAGUUAAUUGACUGCAUGGAGCUGCAUUCAAAAGUCUACGUGUUCACUAUGCCGGAGACGCUAAAGAUGUCUCAGCUGACCGUGCGAUACUUCUUUCUCUGUUUGGAACAGGCUCGAUCGGGAGGUAAUCUCUACGCAGCAGAGAACGAUGCAAAUCUACACCGGUGCUAUCAGCUUUUGUCUCGACACUGUGCAACGCGGAAAGCUGCCCGAACAGCUGCUUUGCGCGACAUUCUUGAGGGAGCCCUUUUUCUGUAUGGCAACCUCUUUGGAUCACAAACUGAAAGUGAUUCUGUAGAUUACAGCAAACCCGACGAGCUACUGAUUAAGUUGAACCAAAAGCAAGGCAUAGCAAUGAACGCCUCUCGUUCGUCGGUUCUACAUGCGGGAAUAAUAGGAUUGGGUCCAAAACAGCCGGUAAAAUCCGCAGAAGGUCCCGAUGUGGAGAUGCAGAACCGAUUGAUUAGUGCCAUUGUUGCCUGCUGUCAGGAUGCCGAGCAUCAGAACACAAUCGAUGGCUACAGUUAUCUGUCACUGCUACUGGUAGAGCUGGUUUCUCCGGAUGUCAUGUACAACGGACUACCCUGGCCGGAUGAAGAAUUCACAAAAGUAACCAUGGAGCGCGAUCUGCAGAUCAGGAGAAUGUUUCGAAACUGUCCGAUUUUGUGGUCGAUAUUGGGCCUGAUUGCCUGCUACCGGCCGGCGCUAUGCUACAGUUCCGUGCUGUUGCGGGCGCUGUGCGCUUCCGCUCUCCACCAGUGGCGUUCGAAAUCGGCUGAAACAAUGAACGGUCAGAAGACGGAGCUGAUGUACGUUAGCACCAAGCUGUUGGAGCUGAUGGCGCUCGGACAACUGCUGCCACCGCCGCUCAGCUAUUUGCACAUCGUGCUGCCUCAUCUGGACGCCGGCGAGAUCGUCUACGUCCUGAAGGAGUGCAUCUGGAACUACAUGAAGGAUCACGUCCCAUCGCCGGUUCUGUUCGUGUGUGAUCCAACCGGUUUUCACUGGCGCGAUCCGCAAACAUCUCGACCCCCGCCGCAGUACACCAACCCGCUAAGACACACAAUGCAACGCAAGUUGGAUCGACUAGGCCAUUUGUACCAGCAGAUGUUCUUUGGACCCGAACUGCGUGACCCGAGCCUGUUGAACCCACCACAACCACCGGUAGUUAUGGUGAAUGGGCUUGGUGGACCGCAGCAACCUCCGGCGGCGAAUGGGAACGGCUUGCCCGCGGGUUCGCUAUCGGCACCAAACGGCAAUGGACACCUUGGUAUUAACAGCAUGGCCCCUACCGGUGGUCCCGUAAUAAUGGGACCCGUCGUUACGAUUGAUUAGAACAAAAAACUGUGAGUACGGAAAUAUGCUGUUGUAGGACUGUAAAUAUGCGUGCGGUCAAACUUGCGAACUCUUAUGGACAAAAAAC